GUCGUAGUUUAUAAGCUUUCCAGCGAUCAAAGAAGAAAAAAAAUAAAAAUUCUCCAUGGAAAUGGCUUCACCUUCUUCUUCUACAUUAGCCGAAGCAGAACCGACUCAACCCGCCACAGAGAACGAUAAGGCGAAGGAGAAAGAGGAUGAGACAGAGUUUCAUAAAACUAAAACGAUACAGUUUUUAGGCCGUACAACGCCGGUUGUUCUUCAAAACGACAAUGGACCUUGUCCUCUGCUCGCUAUCUGUAAUAUUCUUCUUUUGCGGAACAACCUAAAUUUGAGCCCAGAUAUAGCUGAAGUUUCACAGGAGAAACUGUUAUCGCUGGUCGCAGAACGUUUGAUUGAUUCCAACAGUAAUGUAAAUAAUAAGGAUGCAGGCUAUGUUGAAAAUCAACAGCAGAAUAUUGCAGAUGCUAUUGAUUUGCUUCCACGUCUUGCAACUGGAAUUGAUGUAAAUAUAAAGUUUAGGAGGAUAGAUGAUUUCGAGUUCACCCGAGAAUGUGCCAUAUUUGAUCUUCUUGACAUUCCUUUAUAUCAUGGUUGGAUAAUUGAUCCCCAAGAUUUUGAAACUGCUAAGGCUAUUGGGUCAAAGUCUUAUAAUGCUAUUACGGGAGAGCUUGUAGCCCUUGAUACACAAGCCAUGAAUAGUGAAACGAAAAAUAAUGCUGAGGAAGAUUCUGUUGAUUUUGUUGCUGCUACCACCGCAACUCUGGGCGUUCCUUCUCCCUGUCUUUCUAAAGCUAGAUCUUUUGAUGAUUCUCCGCGUUCAGUCUCUGAUAAUCAAUCAUUUAAAAAAGGGGACCUAGAAGAAGAAGCAGAGCUACUGAUGGCCUUAAAAUUGUCAGAGGAUGGAUCUCUUGUUUCUAGAAAUGAUACACUUGUAGCUAAUGAUAGCAAAGGGUUUGUAUCUGCUCCUUUUAAUGAACGUACAAUUUCAAAUGAGACUUUCUCUGCCGAAUCUCUAGAUAUGGUGAAGACACAUAUUGAAAUUGAUCAUGGUGCUAGUGCCAUGAGCAAUGAUCAUAAUGAUCUCAUAUCAUUAGAAACUCUUCCAGGAGACAUGCCAUGUUCUCCCUCAAUGACUGAUCUGAGUAACUCUUUAGGAACUUGUCCUGGGGAAAUGGCAUGUUCUCUCUCAAAGCCUGAUCAGAUUAACUUUCCUGACCUGUCAACAUAUAUGGAAUCCGGAGAACACAGUGCUUCUAAUUACAUAACUAAGAUAUGUAAUGCUGAGACGUCGCCGGACAUAAUGUUCCAUUCUGUUGGAGAAAAUGCUGUAUCCACAGAUGAAGAUUAUUCGAGUAUUUCUCGAGGAGGUGAAAUGAUUCAGAGUCCAUCAUCCUCCACAAAUAAUAUUCAUGAACCAACAGUUUUUUCAAGUGGGCAUGACCAAGCAGAAGUAAUAGAUUUAUAUGCGCCAACGCCAGAUUCAAAUUCGUCUAGUGGCAGAAUGCAUAAUUUAGAUGUGCCCGAUGCAUUUACUUCAAGUGUUGACGGCAGUGAGCCCAUUUAUGAAGGAGAGGAAUGUAUUUUAGAUUCAGGAACUGCAAUUUAUGAAGACCGAGAGCCUAUGUACGAAGGUGAGGUCAUUCUUGCAGAACAGGCUGAUAAAAAUUUCAGGUCAAAUGAUGAAAUCACUCCGCAGCAAGGGGAGCUUAUAAGGAACUUUCUUAAGAACAAUGCUAGUCAGUUGACCUUUUAUGGUCUGUUUUGCUUACAAGAUGGGCUUAAAGAACGUGAACUUUGUGUUUUUUUCCGUAACAAUCACUUCAGCACCAUGUUUAAGUAUGAUGGUGAACUUUAUCUUUUAGCUACAGACCAAGGUUACCUGAAUCAGCCUGAUUUGGUCUGGGAGAAACUUAAUGAGGUCAACGGAGAUACAUUGUUCAUGACAGGCAACUUUAAAGAAUUCAAGGUUGAAAAUCAUGCGAAUGAUACAUGGGACGAGAGCAAUGCCAUGGCAAAUACUGCUGAUUAUAUUGCCAGCAUUGACAAUGCAUCACAAGCUGGUUUGGAUAUAAACUCCGAUCUGCAACUAGCAAUAGCUUUACAACAACAGGAGUUUGAGCAACAGCAGCCACAACACUCGAAUGUACAGCAACCCACUAGUGGCAGUUCAAGAAUGGUUACAGGUCCCCAGGUGCCAAGAAGCAGUGGAAAAUCAUCAUCUUCUUCAACUUCAUCGUCCAGGACUGAAUCAAAAUCAAAAGACAAGUGUAUUGUGAUGUGAGCCGUGCAUUCAAAUCUGCACUGUAAAUGAUUUUGUAACUUGGCUUCCUUUUUGUCCAUGACCUUAAUAAACUAAGGUAACCCUACACUUGAUUUUAAAUCAAAAGUUCCCCAUUGUAUAAAGUUUUUAGUACCAUUUUGUUAGACCUUUGACAGUCCAAAAAAUUCCUUUUUAUCUUUACCUC